CUGCAGUUAAACGAUGAAAAGGAGAAACGUGAAACAAGACGAUUCGUCCCCCGACAGGAAGGACAGGAGGGCGGCUGGAGCAAAGAGGAGCAGUCACUCCCCCUGGUGGUUAAAACGGGGAUUCCUGGCUGCUGUUGCUGUCUGCAUCCUGGUGCCUGUCACAUAUAAAAUAAUCCCUACAUUGAUUCAGGACAUUAUUCACACCUACAGACUCAGCGUACCGUUCUUUGAGGAUCUGAGCCGGCCUGCCGAUUUCUCCCUCAAUCACACCAUCAACAUGUAUUUAACGUCAGAGGAGGGCAUUUCCCUGGGCGUAUGGCAUACAGUUCCUGAAAGUCGGUGGAAAGAAGCUCAGGGGAAAGACCUGCUGUGGUACCAGAACACAUUAAAUGAUGGAAAUCCGGUUUUUAUAUAUCUGCACGGAAACACAGGAUCAAGGGCAGCUCCACACCGAGUUGGAGUGGCAAAAUUACUGAGUGCGCUGGGUUACCAUGUGGUGGUGCCUGACUACAGAGGUUUUGGAGAUUCCACCGGUGAGCCGACUGAAUCCGGCCUGACUACAGAUGCUGUGCAUGUGUACAACUGGGUCAAAGCACGCAGCGGGGACAGCCUGGUGGUCAUCUGGGGUCACUCUCUUGGCAGUGGGGUGUCCUCUAACACUGCAGUCAAACUGCUUGAGGAAGGUAUUGUUUGUGAUGGUGUGAUCCUGGAGGGGGCAUUCAAUACUGAUCAGCAGCAAAUCCCAUAUAACAUUUUCACCUGGUAUUACUGGAGAAUUCCAGGCAUUAAGCGCUUGUUCAGUUUCCUGUGGGAAGGAAAAAUGCCUGUCUUUCCCACAGAACAUAAUUUGAAGAAAAUGAAAAGUCCGAUAUUGUUCCUUCAUUCAGAGGACGAUCACUUAGUUCCCAUUCAGAUUGCUCGUCAGAGCUAUGAGGUUGCUGCAAAGGCCCAAAGUAAAGACAGAGUCAAGCUUGUGACAUUUGACGGUUCUCUGGGGUAUCUACACAACGGCUUAUAUCGGGAUCCAAAGCUGCCUGGCAUCUUAAAGGAGUUUGUGAAGUCGUUGUAGCAUUGGAAACAGCACUGGGAACUUGGACAAAGAGUAACCUGAAUGCAACAUGAACCUAAAGUAUCUUUUAG